AUGGACAAACCUACGUCACCUGCAACAAAUGUAUCGCUGAACGUGUUUGAAUUCCAGAUCAUGGAACAAGAUUUUUCAUUCAGCCAGGAAUUCUAUCGCACCUUGGUCAUCGCUGUAGGGGCUUUUCUGAAUUGCAUCGUCAUCUUAGUAGUGAGCACUUCGAGACAGUUACGUUAUCCGCGUCACAUUUUCUGGAUUGCCAUUUCGUUCUUCGAGUGUCUCUCUUUGCUCGAAUACGCACUGGAAUUGACUGUCGUCCUUUAUCGUAGUCAACAACUAUGUCAAAUUUUAGUUUUACUUUAUCCAAUGGAUUACUCGAUUCUUCUACAGUGUUUUCUACUAACAGCCAUCGAUCGUUACGUGUCGAUAGUUCGUUAUGAAUGGUACAAGAAAACUGUCACAAUUCCAAUGGUGGUGAUGAUUAUUUUUGUGAUGUCUAUUUUGACAUUUGCCAUUUUUACCAGUCCGUUAUGGAUGGGCUAUCGAUCCAUUUCCGCCUGCACUUUCAGUUUGAGUCACUUGAAUUUGAUGCUUUCAUGGGACGUGACAUUGGGUUUGAUUUGUGUUAUGCUACAUGUUUUAAUCUUCGUGGAAUCAAAGGCCGUUAUUCGACGAUAUUUACCAAGUUAUCGCCAGCCUUCUGUCACAGUCAGAUUUGUUAACUCUUCCGUUCGGCCAUCAAACUUCAAUUCCGCGAUGGGCAUGGACACAUUAUCAACAGAAAGAGUUACCUUCAUGAAUGCGGAUAUUCCUGGCACAACGCAAAAUGCAACACAACCGCUCAACGAAAACGCUCAAUCGACUGCCGACAACCAGUUCAACUUUCAACGAAUUUACGGGAAACGGGCGGCUUCAAAAGUGAAUCGACUGGAAGUCCAGGCCGCAUUCAACUUGUCCGUUAACGUCCUACCAUUUUGGCUGUGCACAUUUCCUUUAUCUUGCUUUGCUAUUGCCACGUAUUGGUGCACUCGACUCGGUGCUAAUUGUGAUACUUUUCUGCUCUUGUGGACUUAUAUGUGGGAUAUAUUCAUGCUGCAUAGCAUCUACAAUCCACUCAUGUACAUGAUCAGCUGCCACGAUUUCCGGCGGGCCUUUUAUCACAUCAUCCGUAAAUUAGCAAACAAAUGUAAUAUGCAUAUUCAAAAGAAUUAG